AAAUUAUCAAAGCAGAUAAUCCACAUUAUCUCCUUUGAACUGGAUUAUCUGAGUCUACAUUGCCAUAAUCCUGGUUUCAGUCGGAUAAUCUGGAUUUUAUUUGACAGUAUAGAAGGGGCAUAAAUCUCUCUUAUAUGGAAAUCCAAAAGACUCCAGGAACUGAAACUUUUUGCUACUGGUCCACACAUUACUCAGCAAGAGGAAAUCCCUCCUGAAUAGAGGGUUACGCAAUUCAGGGGUUUCAAGUGUUGCUGUAAAAAGUGAAAUGUCAGCAAUUGUUUCAAUACAGGUUUCAAGACAGUCCCCCUCUGCCAACAAAUAAAAGCACUUCCUCAUGCUCUUAUUUACAGAACUUUUUGCUCUCUAUAUAAGGGGCACAAAAACCUAGAUGCAGAAACCAAUCCCUGUAAGUAGCCAGGUCAGUGCCACAAGACAAGAUGGCUGGCUGGAUGGGCUUUCACCUGGCUGUGACCUGCUUCACUCUCAUGUCUAUGGGGAGAGGAAGCUUUGGAGAAGAAACAGAAGUCAGCUGCUGUGCACAGCUGAAGGGCUUAUCGCAGUGUGGAGCGGACAAGGUUUUUUUCCAAGGCCAGCCAGGCACCCCAGGAAUACCUGGCAUCCCAGGAACAAAUGGAUUGACCGGCAUGAAGGGAGACCCCGGCCCCCAGGGGCCCCCAGGUGAGAGAGGCUCUGCUGGAGCACCUGGGAAAGCUGGACCCAAAGGAGAGAAAGGAGAUCAAGGAGAAGCAUGCAGUCUUGCAAGCUGUCAACACCAAGAGGCAGGAGCCAAAGACUGCAAAGAGCUUCUGGAGCAUGGAGAGACACUGAGUGGUUGGUAUACAAUCUAUCCUGCCACAGGGAAAGCAAUGAGCGUCUUCUGUGACAUGGAGACUGAUGGAGGAGGCUGGCUGGUUUUCCAGAGGCGACAGGAUGGAUCAGUAGAUUUCUAUCGUGACUGGCAGUCCUACAAAACUGGAUUUGGAAACCAAGCAUCAGAAUUUUGGUUGGGCAAUGAUAAAAUCCAUCUUUUCACAAAUUCAGGAACACAGCAGCUGCGGAUUGAUGUGAAGGACAUGAAUGACACUAGAACAUAUGCAAAGUACACUAGUUUCAAAAUCUCAAGUGAGGAAGAAAAUUACACCCUGUCAGUGGGUUCUUAUGUAGAUGGCAACAUGGGUGAUUCAUUUUCAGGACAUCGGGGCUUUGUAUUCUCCACACGAGACAAGGACAAUGAUAGCCACGAAACAGCAAGCUGUGCAGUCAUGUUUAAGGGAGGCUGGUGGUACGGUGCUUGCCACUCGUCCAACCUGAAUGGCCUGUACCUCAGAGGAGAGCACGCCUCUUAUGCUGAUGGCAUCAACUGGGCUGCUGGAAAGGGCCACCAUUAUUCUUACAAAUAUACAGACAUGAAAAUUCGACCUCAAUAAAUGAAAUCUGUUUCUAUCCAGACUGUUCUGUCAUUAAAUUUAAAAGCAAAUAA